CAUCUCUUCAAGGUUGGAAACUUUGACUCUGUUCAAACACAAAAGCUUCCACCACCUUUGAUUUUCAUGGCGAUCAUAAAAGAAGAAGAAGAAGAAACAGAGCCACAACCACAAUCAUCGAAGAAGAAGAUCCCACCACCCAAACCCCGCAAACCCAAAUCACAACCCCAAUCUCAAUCUUCCCCAUUCUCUUUCUUCUUCUACUUUACUCUUUCUCUCUCCCUCAUCAUCCUCUACUUCCUCUUCUUCUCUUCUUCUCUCUCCUCCCAAGACACCAAAUCAUGGUUCCUCAGCUUACCCACCUCCGUCUGCCACCACUACAACAAUGGCCGCACCGUCAAGGUCCAACCACUUCCCAAUCACUCCCCCAUUGAACUGUUCACCAUCCAAGAACCUUCACCUUCACCUUCACCUUCCCCUUCCACCGUUUCCGAGAACAUCCUCAUCGUUCACGGUUUCGGACUCAGCUCAUAUUCUUACCGCCAUGUUUUACACUCUCUUGCCUCAAAGGGAGUUCGCGCGCUUGCAAUUGAUCUACCGGGAAAUGGUUUCUCGGAUAAGUCAAUGGAAGUUACCGUUGAAGGGAUCAAUGGGGUUCUAGGGAGGUUUUGGUAUGUGUACAGUGAAAUCAAGGAAAAGGGAGUGUUUUGGGCGUUUGAUCAGAUGGUAGAAACUGGUCAGAUUCCAUAUGAAGAGAUUCUAGCUCGCAUGUCAAAGAGGAAAGUGUCUAAGCCUAUUGAUUUAGGGCCUCAAGAGAUGGGUAAGGUUUUGGGGCAAGUCAUUGAUUCUUUGGGUCUUGCUCCUGUUCACUUGCUUCUGCAUGAUUCAGCUUUGGGAUUCACUGCUCCUUGGAUCUCUCAGAAUUCUCACUUGGUAAGGAGUGUGACCCUUGUUGAUCCUGUAUCCUCAACUUCAGGAGCUCUCCCUAUUUGUGUUCUGGAAUACCCUGUGGUUAGAGAAGUGGUUUUGGGGUUCUCCUUGGCCUUUGCAAAGAUAGUGAACAUGUGCUGUUCCAAGAGGAUUAGAGUUGCGGAUGCGGAUGCACAGAGGUUGCUGUUGAAGGGCAGGGAUGGAGAAAAGGCAGUUGUCGCUAUUGGGAAGAAGCUAAAUUAUAGCUUUGAUAUUGCAGAAUGGGGUGGUUCAGAGAACCUGAAAACUGUGCCAAUGCAAGUGCUGUGGUCUUCUGGUUGGUCUAAGGAAUGGAGUGAUGAGGGUAAUCGAGUCGCUCGUGCUCUUCCACAGGCAAAUUUUGUCACACAUUCUGGAGGACGGUGGCCUCAGGAGGAUGCGCCGGAUGAGAUAGCUGAAAAGAUUUCUGAGUUUAUCUUGUCACUACCAAAAUCUGUGAGGAAAGUUGAGGAAGAACCCAUCCCAGAACACAUACAAAAGAUGUUUGACGAAGCAAAAAGUGGUGAUCAUGAUCAUAUACACCAUCACCAUCAUCACCACGAUCAUGAUCACCAUAUCGAUGCUCACGUCCAUGGAGCCGAAUAUAUGGACGCAUAUGGGCUUGGUGAGGGACAUCAUCAUGGUUUGUGAAAAGCUUGAUGUCUGAAUUGUGCUGCAAAUAUUAACACUAGCGGAUGAAACUCUACACAUUUACAUGGUGUAUGUUAUUCUUUUUAACUGUUUACCGUUUCGAAAUCUCUGAAAGGGUGAGAAGAUUUUGGAAUGAUUAUACAUGAUGAGAAAGAUGAUCUUCUAACUAAAAUACUAGCUGCUUCAUGUAGUAGAUGUUUCUCAUACGCUGUUUUAUAUUUUGGAGCCACCUUUUGUGUUGGGUUUUUGAGACAUGUUUUGGAGGAUAUUUGGUGAGAUAACACAUUAUGGUUAAUGCAAUUGAGAUAUUUUAGUAA